AUGUUGAGUGACGUGGAACUUCCAAGAACUACAGACCUUUCACCAGUAUCGCCUCAAGUUUCUACAGAGGUCCAUGUGAGUGUGGAAGGUGGUGGUGGUGGUGGUGGUGACGAAGCUAAACAGCAGCAUGCAGAUUCAGAAAAUGGACUCAUAGUCGAUGUAGAUGCUUGUUCUGGACCCAGAGUUAAUCGACUCACGAUAACAGAGACUCCAGCUCCAAGCUUUUUCGAACUCCUCAAAAAAUCAUGCAAAAGUUGCAACAUUUUCCUUCUCUUCAUUUCCGCAGUGCUCUCAAUUGGAUUUGGUAUCAAGGAGGAAGGCACAGGGACCGGUUGGGUUGAAGGGGCCAUUUUAAUGGGUGCCGCAAUAAUACUUGUGGUCCUCUCUGCAAUGCGUAAGUUCUGGUCUGGGAACACACAGCACCAGGCCCUUACACCUGACCAUGCCCAGUUAAUGGCUGAAAUUGACAAGGUAUGCACGUGCAUGCAAGUGACUGCCCUCGUAUUCUAUAUUGCCAUCCUUGCAAUAUCUUUCCUCCAUUACAUGCUUGAAAGGAAAGACAGCAAUUCUGGCCUCCCAGAUAUUAAAGGGAAAGCAACUGCAAGCACGGAAAUUAUCAAUGUAAUUGAGAAUUUUUUCACGCAACAAAGUGGGAGCAAGAGUAAUAUGUUAGCAAAAUUGGUUUUAUUGCUGCCAGUAGUGGUAGAAAAACUACCUUUUUCUGUUGCACUUGCCAUCAGUCACGGGAGAAAGAAGAUUCUACCUGCUGAGAAGGCAAAUAUUGCUCAAGAAAUGUCAGCUCUUUGCACCAUGUGCCCUGCAGCUAUUUGCAUUAGCACAAAUGUGCUCACUUUGAACUCUCGGAAAGUCAAGAUGUGCUAUACAGGGGAUGAAGUCAUCAAAGAAGAACCAUAUGCUCUUCAAGCCUUGUCCAAUGCAAUCAGAACAUCAGUUUCGACGGGGUCUACCUCCACAGAGAACCAACUCCUUCCGUGGACUGAAUCCUCAUUGGGAAUGGAAGAUGAGAAUUUGGGGCUGAAUCACACCGAUGAGGAGGACAGGAAGAAUGGAGACAUGCGGUGGCAUUUUAAAGGACCUGCAACAACAAUAAUAGACAAGUGCUCACAUUACAGUGACAGCAAAGGGAACGUAAACUCCAUGGAUAAACAGAAAAGAAUGGAUUAUGACCAACUAAAAGCAGACAUGCAGUCCAACAAUCUCAAGACCAUUGCAUUUGCUUACAAGAACACAGAUGGUCAAAUGCUUGAAGAAAACGAUAUGACCUUAAUAGCACUGGUAGGUGUAAUGUAUAAUUAUGACACAGAAAUUAUGGAAGCAGUGGAAUUUUGGAGAAAAGAAGGAUCUAACGUGAUACUGUUCUCAGACGAUAGCGCGCCUGUGCUGGAAGACAUUGCUUGUUUAUUUGGAAUAGUACUUCCCAACUCAAACAAAUCUGUGGUUGAAGGUGAAAGGUUUCGAACUAGUGAUAAAGAAGGCAUGAUGGACAUAGCAGAUCAAAUCUAUGGGAUGGUAAACUCCACUUCUUCUGACAAGUUCCUUUUGGUGCAAUGUCUGAAAGAGAAAGGCCAGGAGGUGUUAAUGGUUGGAGAUAGAAUAGAUGAGACUCCAGUUCUCAAAGAAGCUGAUGUGGGGGUUGCAAUAGGGACUCGCAGUAGUGAAGAUCCAGAGUGUUGUGACAUAAUCAACUUGGAUGGCAAUGAUUUCGGUUUGGUGGUCAAGAUUAUCAAGUUUGAAAGGUGCAUUUACUACACGAUUCAAAAGUACAUCCAACCUGAAAUCACCAUGAAUAUAGCGUUGCUGUUGAUAACCCUCAUUGCGACGAUAUGUAUGGGACAGAGUACAAUCAUGACAAUUCAAUCAUUAUGGGUAGAGAUGGUCGUGACCCUCACAACAGGGUUUGCACUACUGAUGGAGCCGCCAACAGAGGAACAGCCACCGCCAGUAAGACGAACUAAAGGUCUCAAUAUUAGCAACCCAAUGUGGAGAAACAUACUCAUCCAAGUUGCAUACCAGACAGCCAUGUUGGUCACCUUGCAACUCAAAGGGAAAACUUUCCUAGGCAUCAACCAGAAGGUUAGUGAGUCCAUGGUUUUCAACGCUUUCGUUCUCUGUCAGGUGUUUAACCAAAUCAAUGCAAGGCAGCCAGAGAAGAAAAAUGUGUUCAGAGGCAUACUUCUCCAUCCAUGGUUUUUGGUGUCUUUGGUUUUUGCUCUUACCCUGCAGCUGAGUUUUAUAGAGAUUGCACAUAUUCUUGUUGGGAAUGCAAGGUUGAAUUGGAAAGAGUGGGGUGUCUGUCUUUUAAUUGGGAUGGGUUCAUGGCCAAUCGAUUUGGCUGGAAAGUGUGCAUCCGACGUCAUCAAGAAAGUAAGAGAUAGCUACCUUGUAGAUCCACCACCACUAGUCUGA